GUUUUCUUUCUUCAUUUCCGAGCCAAAAUUUUGGCGCUUGAUUUGAGAACUCCGCUGGGUACCGGGUGAACAUCGUUUGUCAAAUUUCUCUCAACAUUAUUUGCUCUUUUUCUCCCUCAAACCUCCACCAUGUAUGUGAUAAAGAGAGAUGGUAAGAAGGAGAAGGUGAUGUUUGAUAAGAUCACAUCACGGAUCUCCAAGCUCGUCUAUGGCCUUAAUGCGGAUUUCGUAGAUCCAACCGAGAUCACAAUGAAGGUCAUAAACGGCGUGUACCCAGGCGUCACCACGGUGGAGCUGGACACCCUCGCUGCCGAGACGGCCGCUACCAUGACAACCAAACAUCCCGAUUAUGCAAUCCUUGCCGCCCGUAUCGCAGUCUCCAAUCUGCACAAGGAGACCAAGAAAAUCUUUUCCGAGGUGAUGACCGACCUGUAUGAUUACAUCAACCCACGCAAUGACAAGCCCUCACCGCUGAUAUCUGACAAGACCUAUCAGAUCAUCAUGGAGCACAAGGACAAACUGAAUUCUGCAAUCAUCUACGAUCGCGAUUACGACUACCAAUAUUUUGGAUUCAAGACUCUGGAACGAUCCUACCUGUUGAAACUUAACGGAAAAGUUGCGGAGCGUCCCCAGCACAUGUUGAUGAGAGUAGCUGUCGGCAUCCACGAGAAUGACAUUGACGCUGCCAUUGAGACCUACAACCUUCUGUCUGAGAAGUGGUUCACCCAUGCCUCACCAACGCUAUUCAACGCCGGAACGUGCCGACCACAACUUUCAAGCUGUUUCCUGUUGACAAUGAGUGAUGACAGCAUUGAGGGGAUCUACGACACGCUGAAGCAGUGCGCCCUCAUCUCCAAGACAGCUGGCGGAAUCGGCGUCAAUGUGCACAAGAUCCGAGCCACGGGGAGCUACAUUGCUGGGACCAACGGCCAGUCGAAUGGGCUCCUGCCGAUGCUAAGAGUAUACAACAACACCGCCCGCUACGUAGAUCAGGGAGGAAACAAGCGUCCUGGUGCCUUUGCCAUCUACCUGGAGCCCUGGCACGCCGACAUCUUUGAUUUCCUGGACUGCAAGAAGAACCACGGCAAGGAGGAGCAGCGGGCCCGCGACCUCUUCUACGGACUCUGGAUACCAGACCUGUUCAUGAGGCGCGUGGAGGGGAACCAAGACUGGUGCCUGAUGUGCCCCAAUGAGUGCCCGGGCUUGUCGGAUUGCUGGGGUGAAGAGUUUGACAAGCUGUAUGAAAAGUACGAAAGCGAGGGGAAAUACCGCAAGAAGAUCAAGGCUCAGUAUCUCUGGCAGGCCAUCGUGCAGGCCCAGACCGAGACCGGUACCCCGUACAUGCUGUACAAAGAUGCCUGCAACAGUAAGAGUAACCAGCAGAACCUGGGCACCAUCAAGUGCAGUAACCUGUGCACUGAGAUUAUCGAGUACUCCAGCCCGGACGAGGUAGCUGUGUGCAACUUGGCCUCCAUUGCUCUCCCCAUGUACGUUCGACCCAACCGGACCUUUGACUUUCAGAAGCUGGCGGAGGUUACUGAAGUCGUCACCAAGAAUCUGAACAAGAUCAUCAACAUCAACUACUACCCUGUCGAAGAGGCACGGAGAAGUAACUUCCGUCACCGGCCCAUCGGCAUCGGCGUGCAGGGCCUAGCCGACGCUUUCAUCAAGAUGCGCUUCCCCUUCGAGAGCCCCCAGGCCCAGAAGCUGAACAUCCAGAUCUUUGAGACCAUCUACUACGCCGCUCUCAAAGCAAGCUGUGAGCUCGCCAAGGAGCAUGGACCAUAUGAGACUUACGAGGGCUGCCCGGCGAGCAAAGGGAUCCUGCAGUACGAUAUGUGGAACGUCACCCCGACAGACCUGCACGACUGGGCCGCCCUGAAGGCCGACAUUGCCAAGUACGGGCUCAGGAACAGUCUCCUGCUGGCCCCCAUGCCCACCGCCUCCACGGCUCAGAUCCUGGGCAAUAACGAGUCCAUUGAGCCGUACACCAGCAACAUCUACACUCGCAGGGUGCUGUCUGGUGAAUUCCAGAUUGUGAACCAGCAUCUGUUGAAGGAUCUGACUGAGUCUGGUUUGUGGAAUGAUGAUAUGAAGAACCUACUCAUUGCCCACAAUGGCUCCAUACAGAACAUUUCUGAAAUACCCAAGGACACCAAGGAACUAUACAAGACAGUCUGGGAGAUCUCCCAGAAGAACAUUCUCAAGAUGGCAGCCGAUCGCGGUGCCUACAUUGACCAGAGCCAGUCACUCAACAUUCACAUUGCAGCGCCUAACUUUGGCAAGAUGACCAGUAUGCACUUCCACGCUUGGAAACUGGGCCUGAAGACAGGCAUGUACUACCUCCGCACCCGGCCGGCCGCCAACCCCAUCCAGUUCACCUUGGACAAGCAGAAGGCCGACGCCUCCAUGAAGAAAUCAGAAGAGACGGAGGAAGAGCUGCAAGCCGAAGAGGAGGAAAUGAAGAAGCUGAACGAAGCGGCCAUGAUAUGCUCCCUGGAGAACCCCGGAGAGUGCCUCAUGUGCAGCGGCUAGACAACCAGUCUAUGCUAUCCAUUCAAGGCUGCGACUGUCCGGUUACUCAGAUUAUAAGAUAACCAACUGAAAUUGCUUUUGGAUCAGCGUUUCACAGUACCCUUUUGGUCUGAAGCCUUUGAGAGUGCCUUUGAGUCAGACAACCAGUCUUUGCAAUGAGGGUUGAGACUUUAGGUUACUUAAGUAAACAGAUAACUGGCUAGAACCGGUUGCGGAUAAUCGUUUCACAUUGCCUUGACUGCAGUGACUAGGCAAUCGAGGGCUGUAGAUUGUUGAUACAGGGUAGUCAACUGCAGGUCUUAUUUUAUCCUCAAUCCCCAUUCUCAAAAGCCUUACUGUCAGGCAUGCAACUUUUCCUCGGAUCCGCUGGUUUCCUCGUUUUUCACUUCUAAUGAAUGUCAUUACAAAUUGCAAAACCUGUACAAAGUCAUGUGUUUUGGAGUUUCCUUUGUUUUCCUAAAUUCCCAGUUGCAUGCCUGUACUGUUCAAUUCUGUCAUAAUGUGCCGCCUUUUAUUGUUCAGUCAUUACAUAAUUACUGCCAUCACCUUUUGCUGUUGCUCAAACAAAUUGACUAACAUUAUCCGUUAACGUGUUGCUUUACAGUUGACAUGGCUCUGGUCUGUUAGUCUUCUUUCCUCUUCUAUAAAUGUCCAGGUUACAUUCCAUGCGUUAUUCCUAUUUUAUUCUUAUAAUUGUACUUUGCUGAGAAAAAUUCGACAUUCAAUUAUUUAUUGACCAGAAUUCUCAACAUUAGUGCUUUUUUGUUGUUUCAUAUUGUUCAAGAAUCACACAGUCAGUACAUAAAAGCAAUAAUAAAGGGUAUCAUAAGAGACGAUCAGUUUUGAACAAAUAUCACUUAUAGGGGCCUACUUAUUCUUUGAAAAUAUUACAAUUUAAAGUUUGAGUUUAAGGUAAUCGUUCAAUUGUUAAUUUUAUAUCUCCUGUUGGUUUUAACCGGACUGAUAGUCAAACAGAUCAUGGCUUAAAAUCAACCAUUUUUCUGCAGCUGUUAAACUUUGAAAUAGUUGAUUGCCAAUCUAAAACAAAAUUUUCAGAUGCAUCUUUUUCAUCCAUGUAAAACGAAGUCGUACAAUUUUCCGUUUCAUUUUUCCUGGAUACUAGCUCUUUUAUUUUUGUUAUUUUUUUUUAUUUCAUUAGGAUGUGUGAUCUGUUUAAACCCAAUACUAAUUCGCUUUGAUUGAAACCGUAUAGGAAAUAAUUAAUGAAUUGUUCAACUGAAGUAUAAAAGAUGUAGAAAGUUUAUGUAGAAAAUAUUUACAUGUAUAUAUGUGCACUUAUUUGUUACCUAAUACCAACAAAUUGAAGAAAAGUGCCUUUGUCGGUGUCCAAAUUUAAUUUGGCUAAUCCAUGUAUAUGACAAAAAAAAUUCAACUGCAGUCUUUUUUUGUGAAAUUGGGAAAGUUAAGAAAGUAAUCCCCUUUCAUUCCAAAAUUUGUUUGUGUUGUACAUUCCCUUUCGGUGUCUCUAGUAUUUUUUUCCCAAGUAUUUCAGCCAAAAAGUAUAAAUAUCUAAUAAUCACAGUAAUAAAAGCCAGUCGAGCAAAGUAUUCACAAUUCUGGUUUUACUGCAGAGCUUUUGUUUAUAUUGAAACAUUUACAAUAAAUGCAGAACAUCACUGCAUAGACACUG